UUUAUGUCACAACUUGAGCGGUCGGUCAAUUAUGACACCAUGCUCCCCUUCUUUUUGCAUAUAAAUACAAGCAUUAUCUCAGCAUAUUUGAGUCACAUAACAACUGAACAACUGCUGCUUCAUACCAAAUCACACACACCUUCAAGAAAAAUUCAAAGGCACAGGUCUAAUUUCUCUUCUUCACUCAUUCAUUUCAAGCACUUGGCAUUAAUUUUGGAAGGAGGUGAUAUUAUGGGUUCAAUCACUAUGGAAAUAGGGAAUGAUGGCGUGGCUGUUAUCACUAUGCUUAAUCCUCCUGUCAAUGCCUUAACUCUCUCAGCAAUUGAGGAGUUGAAGAGAUGCUACGAAGAGGCUAUUGAUAAUGACAACAUUAAGGCAAUUGUUCUUUCUGGUGCGGAUGGUAGAUUUUGUGGAGGUUUGGAAAUCAGUGUUGUGGAGAACGUUCAUAAGCAUGGAGAUAUAUCACUUCUACCCGAUGCAUCCAUUGGUCUCGUAGUUAACAAAAUGGAGAAUGGGAAGAAGCCUUCUGUUGCUGCAAUUCAAGGAUUUGCCCUUGGUGGUGGCUUGGAGUUGGCUAUGGGGUGCAGUGCCCGAAUUGCCACACCAAAAGCUGAUCUUGGUUUACCUGAGCUGAGGCUUGGAGUUAUUCCUGGAUGUGGAGGCACUCAAAGGCUUCCAAGGUUAGUUGGAACCUCAAAGGCUGUUGACAUGUUGAUGUCAUCCAAGAGCAUUACUUCUGAAGAGGGGAAGGAGUUGGGUCUUAUUGAUGCCAUUGUCUCUUCUGAGGAACUCUUGACAGUUGCUCGGUGUUGGGCACUAGACAUUGUUGAAGGCCGCCAGCCAAAUUGCAAUUCUCUUCAAAAGACAGAUAAACUUGGAACUCAGGAUGAAUCACUUGAGAUACUGAGAAGUGCCAGACAACGUUACACAGUGCCUCAUUACAGAGCCUGUCUUGAUGUGAUAGAAGAAGGCAUCAUAUCUGGAGGAUAUUCUGGUGUUCUUAAGGAAGAUAAAGUAUUUAAAGAGCUAGUGCUGUCAAAUACUGCAAAAGGUCUUCUGCAUGUAUUUCUGGCUGAACGUGCAACAUCAAAGGUACCAGGUGUUACUGAUGUUGGGCUUAAGCCUCGGAGAAUAGAAAAAGUUGCUGUUAUUGGUGGUGGUUUAAUGGGAUCUGGUAUUGCUACAGCUCUCAUUAUCAGCAACAUUAGUGUUGUGCUUAAAGAAAUCAACCAUGAAUAUCUAUUGAAAGCUGUGAAAUCGGUAGAAGAAAAUCUACAAGGCUUUGUAACAAGAGGAAAGCUGAACCAGGAAAAGUUGAAAAGGACUUUGUCUCUUCUUAAAGGCACUUUAGACUUUGAGGACUUAAAAGAUGUCGACAUGGUUAUUGAGGCUGUUAACGAGAAUGUGUGUCUGAAACAAUCAAUUUUUGAAGAUAUUGAGAAAACUUGUACUUCAGAGUGCAUUUUUGCAUCAAACACGUCUACAAUUAGUCUUGAUGUGAUUGGGAAAAGAACAAGUAGCCAAGAUCGCAUUUUGGGGAUGCAUUUAUUCAGUCCUGCACAUUUGAUGCCUCUGGUGGAAAUCGUGAGGACGGAAAAUACUUCUCCACAAGUAAUUGUUGAUGUGAUAAAACUCACUAAGAUUUUGAAGAAAGUCCCCAUCGUAGUGAAAAGUUGUACUGGUUUUGCUGUCAACCGGAGCUUCUUCCCUUAUAUGCAAGGACCAGACCUGUUGGCAAAUUUAGGUGUUGAUAUCUUCAGAAUUGACCGAGUGAUCACUGAGUUUGGCAUGCGGCUUGGUCCUUUUCAGCUUCAGGAUGUUUCCGGCUAUGAUAUAUUUUUGGCUGGUGUAAAAGAGUUUGUUGCUGCUUUUCCAGGCCGCGCUUUCCAGUCGCCCUUGGUUCAACUAAUGGUAGAAAAUGGACGGAAAGGUAAGAAGAAUGGUAAAGGAUAUUACACGUACAAUAAAGGAAGCAAGCCAGAAGCUGAUCACUCAGUGAUAGAAAUUGUUGAGGAGUCUAUGCAACUUACCAAUAUUGCUCCUGGUGGAAAGCCAAUAUCUGUGACUGAUAAAGAAAUUCUAGAAAUGAUAUUCUUCCCGGUGGUGAAUGAGGCUUGUCGAGUUAUCGAGGAAGGAAUAGUUGUCCGAGCAUCUGACAUUGACAUUGCAUCUGUCCAUGGAUUUAAAUUCCCCUCAGAAACUGGAGGGAUCAUGUUUUGGGCUGAUACAAUUGGAUCUGAAUACAUAUAUUCAAAGCUAAAAAGUUGGUAUGAGGCCUAUGGUGAUUUCUUUAAGCCAUCAACAUUCUUGGAACAGAGAGCUGCAAAGGGUCUGCCCUUGGGAGGAUCGUGUUGACUAAACUUCAGAUUCUAUCAUAGAAUCCAUGAAGCAGCAGCAGGAACGAGAGCAUGCUGAAUUAUUUGCUUGGAAUAAACGCCUGAGAUUUGGUUUUCACUGGGAUUAUAGUUAGGAGUGAAAUUAUUUACAAUCAGUUAGUCAAUUAGUCUUGGUUAAUUUAGCAUUUGAAAUUCUUUUCCCUCAAGUUAGUUGAUGGUAGUUGUAACAGAAGCCAAACUGAAUGUUUCCAGUUUUGGCUCUAUAAUGUAAUCAAUCAUCUGUGAAAAGGUCAAUGAAGUACCAAGAUUUCUAAA